AUGGCACACAAUAAUCAUAUUGAGGACCAGGAACCUGAGUUGUUCUCAGUGGCGUCGCAUCUUAGUCAUGUUGCUUCAAACCCUGGAAAGCACCAAUAUGAGAUCGAGGAGUACCAACAAGGUAGCUCCAAUGUGGUGGUGCCAGAAUAUCACGAGUCAGAAAUUACCGUGGUAGAUUAUGGUAAGUCUGUGUUUGCAAACCCUGUACAAAAAUUUUUACACUAUUUGAUAUCGUUGUUUCCUAUUGCCAAAUGGAUUCUUCACUAUAAUGGUAGGUGGUUAUACGGAGAUUUGGUGGCUGGAAUCACCGUUGGUAUCGUGUUGGUUCCUCAAUCUAUGUCGUAUGCUAUCUUGGCUGGUUUGCCAGCCCAAUAUGGUUUAUAUUCUUCAUUUGUUGGGGUGUUUAUUUAUUCCUUUUUUGCUACUUCUAAAGAUGUGAGUAUCGGACCAGUGGCUGUGAUGUCUACCCAAGUGGGUAAAGUGGUGGCUAAAGUUUUGGCUGCAAAUGGUGACAGGUUCACAGCUCCUGAAAUCGCUACCUUCAUGUCAUUGAUUUGUGGUGGUAUUGCUGCUGGUAUCGGUAUUUUGAGAUUAGGUUUCAUCUUGGAGUUCAUCUCUGUCCCAGCUGUUAUGGGAUUCAUGACUGGUUCUGCUUUCAAUAUUUUGACUGGUCAAGUACCAGCUUUGAUGGGAUAUGGUUCUUCUGUUAAUACCAGAGACUCUACCUACUUGGUUGUCAUCAACUCGUUGAAGAACUUGCCAAACACCACUGUCGAUGCGGCCUUUGGUCUUGUCGGUUUGUUUAUCUUAUACACCUGGAAAUGGUUCACUGAAUUUGGCCAGAAGAGAUGGCCAAAAUACAAGUUGUGGUUCUUCUACGUGCAAUGUUUAAGAAAUGCCAUCGUGUUGAUUGUUUCCACUGCUAUUUGUUGGGGUGUUGUUCAUCCUAAAUUGAAGGCAUGGUCUGGACCAAUUGCUGAAUUCGUUCCUCCUGUCAAAAUCUUGGGAACUGUUCCCUCUGGUUUGAGACAUGUGGGAGUUAUGAAGAUUCCUCAUGGAAUCAUGGGCGAAAUUGGUUCUGAAAUCCCUGCUUCUACUAUCAUUUUAUUGUUGGAACAUGUGGCUAUCGCUAAAUCUUUUGGUAGAGUUAACGAUUAUAAGAUUAUUCCUGACCAAGAAUUGGUUGCCAUCGGUGUCAAUAACUUGAUCGGUACGUUCUUUGCUGCUUACCCUGCUACUGGUUCUUUUUCUAGAUCUGCUUUGAAAAACAAGUGUGGUGUUAGAACUCCUUUAGCUGGUAUCUUCACUGGUGCUGUUGUGUUGUUGGCGUUGUACACUUUGACUGACACUUUCUAUUACAUUCCUAAGGCCACCUUGUCCGCAGUCAUUAUUCACGCUGUUUCUGACUUGAUGGCUCACUACAAGACCACCUGGAACUUCUGGAAGAUUGCUCCUAUUGAUGCUGGUAUCUUUUUGAUUGCGGUAAUCAUCUGUGUGUUCUCCACUAUUGAAAUUGGUAUUUACUUUGCUAUUAGUGCUUCUGCUGCUGUUUUGUUAUUUAGAGUUGCCAUGCCAAAUGGUGAAUUCUUGGGUAAGGUUAAAGUCGCCGAAGUUAUAAAUCCAAUUAUUGACCUGAAGAGCUAUGAUAACUCCAAAGAAUACGAUGGCAGUGGUUCUUCUUCUGCUGACUCCUUCCGUGAUGUUGAAAUUCACCAAGUGUUAUCCAACAACUCUGACAUCAACAAGAAAAAGCAAGUCGAUCAACUCGACACCAGUACGAAACAGUUGUUAGCCAAGAAUCCAAACAUUAAGUUUCACACUAGAUGGGUUCCAUUGUCGACUAAGAACGUCAACAAAAACUUGGAUGUGCAACUUCCACCUGAUGGGGUCCUUGUGUUUAAACCUAUUGAAAGUUUCACCUAUCCUAAUGCCUCGCGUCAAAUUGAUAAGAUUUUGGACUAUGUCAAGAAGCAUACUAGACGUGGUAGACCAUAUCCUAAGGACAAAGGUAGUAGACCUUGGAAUGAUCCUGGUCCUUUGGAAUUCAAACUUCCAUGGUCCAAGAAGCAAAACGAUGUCAUCGAAGACGUUGUUGAUGACAGACCAGUUUUGAGAAUUGUCCACUUUGACUUCAGUACCGUUGCAUCUACGGAUGUUACUGGAAUUCAAACUUUAGUUGACUUGAGAAAGUCUUUGAACAUUUAUACUGACAGAGAAGUUGAGUUUCACUUCUCCGGCAUUCUUUCUCCUUGGAUAAGAAGAGGAUUGCUUAAUGCUGGUUUCGGUUCUUACGAGAACAAUGCUUUGGUUAGUAAUACUACUUAUGUGAACAUAGCAACUGACCAAGACUUGGAAGCUGACUUGGAUUCAGAAUAUUUCUCAGCCGUUUCAACCGAUACGCCUUUCUUUCACUUGGACAUUCCAGACUAUUAA